AUGGACCGCUCGACACCUUACGGGGACACCACUGGCAAGACUGAGUCACAACUCCUCGAGAAAUUAGAGACUGGUAUUCAAAGCCUCGAUGCGUCCAGCUCGCUCUCUGACCAGCACCGUGCCUAUUUGCUCGAAAGACAUGGCACCUUGGAUCUCGACCCGGUCCCUAGUAUGGACCCAGCAGAUCCAUACAACUGGCCGUUAUGGAAGAAAGUAUCAAACCUAAUCUUGGUGGCCUUUCACGCCUGUAUGGGCACCUUCACUGCCGCAGCCAUUAUUCCAGCAUAUGAAGAGAUAUCUGUCGAUGUCGGCGUCUCGAUACAGAGAGUCAGCUAUCUGACCUCGCUUCAAAUAGCCAUUCUAGGCGGUGCCCCAUUGAUCUGGAAGCCUCUUUCACACCGCUUCGGACGCCGGCCGAUCUUUCUGCUCUCGCUCAUCCUGAGCUGUGUCUGUAAUAUCGGGUGUGCAAAAAGCCCAGACUAUGCAUCAAUGGCAGCGUGUCGAGCUCUAGUCUCAUUCUUCAUCUGCCCAGCGAUGGCCAUUGGCAGCGCAGUCGUCGCGGAGACCUUCUUCCGACGUGAGCGAGCGCGUUACAUGGGAAUAUGGACGGUGAUGGUUACCCUGGGUGUACCCGUCGGGCCGUUGGUCUUCGGAUUCGUGGCACAGCGCGUCGGAUACCGUUGGAUAUACUGGAUUUUGGCUGUUAUCAACGCCUGCGAAUUCAUCCUGUACAUCUUCUUCGGUCCAGAAACACGCUACAUCGGCGCAGACGUCACUCCUGGCGCGUCCUCUUUCAAACAAGAGUAUCUAUCUCUCCGACGAAUUGAUCCAACUCCAUUCCGACUAUCUGAAUUCGUCCACCCCCUCAGCCUAUUCACCAACAUCCCCGUUCUCCUCGCAGCAGUCGCAUACGCCAUGGUCUUCGUCUUCGCCUCCGUGCUCAACUCAGUGGAAGUCCCACAACUCUUACAAAGUAAAUUCAAACUAAACGCAGAGCAACUUGGCCUCCAAUUCCUCGGCUUAAUCAUCGGCUCCCUACUCGGCGAGCAGCUAGGCGGCUUCAUGUCCGACAUGUGGAUGAACGCGCGCGCCCGUCGCAUCGGACACAAGCCCGCACCCGAGUAUCGGCUCUGGCUCAGUUACAUCGGGUACUUAGUUACUAUCACAGGGAUGGUCGUUUUCCUGGUAUGUACGGAACAGGCUACUCCAGGUAAGUGGACAGUGGCGCCGAUUAUUGGCACGGGCAUUGCUGCGUUCGGGAAUCAGGUUAUCACCACCGUGCUCACUACGUACGCGGUGGAUACCUAUCCUCAGGAUGCGGGGAGUGUGGGUGUCUUUAUUAAUUUUGUGAGGUCUACGUGGGGCUUCAUUGGCCCUUUUUGGUUUCCGGAUAUGUUUGAGGCUGUGGGUAUCGGGAAGAGCUCGGGGGUGGUUACGGCGUUGAUUAUGGGGGUGAGUUUUGUUCCGACGGCGGUUUUACAUUGGCAGGGUCGGAGGUGGCAUUCGUGA